AUGCAACAUUUUUCACCUUGGAGCCAAAAAAUAGAUACUUAAACCCAUAGAAUGAAAAAUAAGGCAUAGUUGUCAUUAUCCCCUUAUAUCCAACCAAAAACUGGGAGAUUAAAUAAUCUAUCUCUUUAAUAGCAUCCUAGAAGAGUUAACUCCCAAUUUUACAAACAGCAAAACAGCGGAAUUUAAGAGGAAUCUAAAUAAUACAAUAAUGCUAGCAGUUAAACAGAUUUACCUUCUUUGGAGUUGGAGGAUUUAAUAUAUGCAUAACAAUAAUAAGAAUAAUCAUCACGGAGAUAUCAAAAUGCAAUCCUUCAAACCAAAAAUCAUUAUCAUUAAACUACUAUCAUAAGUCUUUUAUAGACAAUUCAUUUUAAGCCUGAUUAACUGUAAUCUCUUAAAAGUAAAGCAUAAUAGCUUAAACGAGUAAUUGUGCAAAGUAAAAAUAGAACUAUUUCUGUUGUAGUGGUUAACAAUGCUACCUAAUUUGUAUCACAUUUGUUUAAUUCAAACUAUUUUGAAUAGGCUCCUGAUAAUUUUUUUAAUACACAACAUCAUCCAUCUUUCUUUAUGACUUAAGUCACUAUUUCAAACAGUAAUGCUUCAAAUACAGUUCAUUCCUAUCAAGAUUUGUUGACUGUAACAAAAAAAAAUAGAAUCUAUGACGUAAGCUUAAAUAGAUUAUUAUAUGACUAAUCGUAAUCUUUUAUACAUUAUUGUCCUGAUAUAGUGAUUGUUACGAUCGGAAAUCUUUAAGAGGAACUUUCAAAUAGACAGAGGGAUAAAUCCUUUUUGGUGAGGAGUGCUGAAUAAAUUUAAAAGGAAACAAACAGAACAAUAAGAGUGAAUAAAAAAAGAACAAAACUUAAAUUAAAGGAAUUAAAUUGA